AUGGUAUUACAUCCGCGUAAAUCAUGUCGAUGUGACGGUCGACGUCGCAAAAUAAUUCUAAUUGCUUUCAUCAUCGGAGGUAAUUUUUGGCUUGGAACAAUCUUAUUAGCAUCGGUUAUUACAAAUUUCGAAAACAAUUUAACUAUACUAAAACUGUAUCGAACACAAUUAAAACGAGCACAAACUGAAGGUUCAGAUGAAAAAUAUUAUGAGUACUAUUUUAGAAUUGAUUAUACAAUUGUUGAAUCGACAUGCAUACCCGUUGAUUGGUUUAAUACAAAUGCAACUAGAACAUCGAUUUUUCAUUUAACAAAUGCAAAAUUGAACAUGAUUACAAAAAAUUCAAUAUUUAAUGUGAAUAUUAUUUCAGUUAAUCCAAUAAUUAAAAACAACUAUACAGUUGAAUCUAAUAGGGGUAGGACACGAGUUUGCGAUUAUGUGCUUCAAUUAUACAUUGGCUUUAACUUUUCUUCGUAUUGUAACGAUGCUUGUCGAACGGAAAAUGUUCAACUAUUAACUUUCACACAUAAACCAUUUGGUGAUUCAUUAGAUCGUUCAUUUUCCAUUGCGUUGUAUUCUCCGACUUCAACUACAUCAACUGUCGAUUUCAAAAUUUACCAAUUUGUAAUAUAUCAAAGUUCAAUUUAUUUCCAUAAACAAGUUUAUAUUCGUUCAUUCAAUGAAAGUCAUUAUGUAUCAGCAUUGAUCCUUGAUUCAACGGCUUUGCGAACAUCAAUAGUGAUGUCACCCAUAGAUCGAACUUUUUUCAUAAUAGCAGAUCCUCUAAAUGAAAGAAUAGUAGAAAAUAAUCCGUCGAUUAUUUAUAUAUCAUUAUUGUCAACGGUUGUACCCAAUGCGUAUUUACGGCAUGAAAAUGCAAGAAUUCUAUUACGAAAAAACGAUAAAUCAAUUUCAUUCAAACAAGAUACAACCUUCAAAUUAUUAAUUAGUAAAAAUAAUAAAGACGUCGUAGCUUUUCAAGCACUAGAUCUGGCGGAUUCACAUAUAGCUAUUGAUUCAGAAUCGCACACAGCUUUGGUUUUAACACAACCUAAAAACAAACAAUCAGAUAUUGAUAAUUUCGAGACAAGAUUUUUAUUUAAAUUGCAUUUGAACGAAUAA